UUUUCCCUGAGCAGUCCCCAUUCCCUGACAUUUGCCUUUUCAUCCUGUCAUACAGCCUUGUUUGGCACAUAAAGCUGGACGGUGACUGGAAGUGUAGACACAGCACAAGUUUGGCACUUCUGUGACAGGCGUAGCUCGGAGAGAGAUGGGACAGCAGUAGCACUGCUGCCUCCAACUGCUCCAGCAGGGCUGGCUGGACGUUGUUGGAGGGAGAGCUGAGACAUUUCUAUUUCCAGGUUCUUACAUGGUACCAGAAAUAGGAGGUAUUUUAAAAGCAACUCUUACAGAUGGUAUUGGAUAUUCCCCUGAAAAGACCACAAAUUUGAACUCAAACCCUGCCCACCUAGGGUAUUGAGAAUUAGCAAGAAACAAGGACCCUUAGGUCAGCUUCAGAGGGAGUUGCUGCUGGUUGCAAGGACAUUUUCAGACCUACACAAAACCAGAUCUGACUUUGUGGUCUCAGUGGUGGUGUAAGCCAUGAAGUCAUGUUGCAGAUGUGGUGUGUGUUCAGUUUUGCUUUCACUUUGAAAGGUCUGUACUUGCUGAGGUGCAAGAUGUCUGCCCUGAGGCUGAUCUCCAACAGAACCUCCCAGCAGGCCUUGUCUAACUCUGAUUACACCUGGGACUAUGAGUACUAUGAGUAUGGACCAGUGUCAUUUGAAGGCCUGAAGGCUCAUAAGUAUUCCAUUGUGAUUGGAUUUUGGGUUGGUCUUGCAGUUUUUGUCAUCUUCAUGUUUUUUGUCCUGACCCUGCUGACGAAGACAGGAGCACCACAUCAAGACAAUGCAGAAAUUUCUGAAAAAAGAUUUCACAUGAACAGCUUUGUGGCAGAUUUUGGAAAACCUCUGGAGUCCGAGAGGGUCUUUUCUCACCAAAUGGCUGAAGAAUCCCAGUCACUUUUUCAUUUCUGCAUUAAUGAAGUGGACCAUAUGAACAGAGAAAAAGAGAGUCAGAAAGGUCCAUGUCUGGAGAGUAAUACUCAUUUCCAGGAGGUUCCCAAGAGCAGUGGAAUGUUUGAGGAAGACCUACAUUGUCUUACAAAAUUUAACAUUCCUAACUUUGUGAACACUGAGCAGAACUCUUCAUUAGGUGAGGAUGAUCUCCUCAUCUCAGAGCCACCAAUCAUUUUAUAAAGCAAACUGGUUAUGCAAUCUUAACAUUAUAUCCUUGACUGAAAAAUCUUUUAAGUCAAACAUUGCUGUUAUUGUCCCCUCUGAAGCCUUUUUUGGCCUCCUGCUCUUUUGACAGAAUGUAUUUCAGACCUGUGCUUUUUAUUGUACGUAAGACUGGCUGUACGCUGAUAGAACUCCGUUUAGACAAGAAGUAAGACACUGAAUGCUGUAUUCUGAUGCCUUCUGUGGUCGAAAAUUUCUGCCCAGUA